AGAAGCUGCUGCAAAUCUACUAUAGAAGUGAGGGAAGCUUUGGGCCAGUUGUAGGAUCUAAACAGAAGUUUGGGAGAGGGAGGAGAAGUUGUUCAUUCACCCGAUUCUGCACGGUGAGCCUGUGGGGAGUCAAGGCCUCUGCAGGCUUGACCAGUGCUCAGGGAGGAGCUGGAGGCCAACAGCAGAGCAGCAGGACAGGACAGGACAGCACCCCUCUCAGCUUGGUUCUGGGUGCCAGCUGAAGCGCUUAGCAAGCAUUUUGGCUUCUAUUUCCAAUGGUGGCCACCAUCCUGUGCUGAGAGAGUGUCCACAAAGACCCCAAAAUCUGGAGUGACGUGCCCUGGCGUGGAUUAUGAAGUCCCUCCGGCCGUGUGUUUUCUCUUGCUGACCUCUGCGCGCCAAGUGUAUGGCUCAGGGUCUACGCGGAGGGUCCACUGAUCAAACUCCUCAUCAUGCAUCAACUUUUCAGAUUGGUUUUGGGACAAAAAGAUCUUUCACGAGCCGGGGACCUCUUCUCCUUAGAUGACUCUGAGAUUGAAGACAGCCUGACAGAAGCUUUGGAGCAGAUUAAAAUAAUUAGCUCAUCUUCAGAUUACCAAACCAAUAACAAUGACCAGGCAGUGGUUGAAAUCUGUAUCACAAGAAUCACAACAGCCAUCAGAGAGACAGAGUCCAUUGAGAAGCAUGCCAAGGCCCUUGUGGGGCUCUGGGACUCCUGCCUGGAACACAGCCUGAGACCCUCAGGGAGGGACGAGGACCCGCCUCAUGCAAAAAUCGCAUCUGAUAUCAUGAGCUGCAUUUUACAGAAUUACAACCGGCCCCCUGUGAUGGCACUAGCCAUCCCCAUUGCCGUGAAGUACCUCCACAGAGGCAGCAGGGAGCUGCGCAGGAGUCUGUCUAACUACCUGUGUCUGGCUGCCAUCGCCAAGGCGGAGCUCCUGGCCGAGCACACCGAGGUGAUAGUCAGGAGCAUACUUCAAGGAAACACCAUGUUGCUGAGGGUGCUGCCUGCCGUGUGUGAAGAGCAGCCUCAGCCCAUCCACCGACACCUGACAGGGCUCCUGGCCUUGAUGCCUCAGCUGGAGCAACCAGAGCAGUACCAUCUCCUGCGGCUUCUGCACGUGGCAGCAAGGAGGCGACAAGUGGAGGUGGUUCAGAAGUGUGUUCCUUUCCUAAUCAGGCAUUUGAAGGAUGCAACCCACAAUGACGUCAUCCUAAACAUCCUCACAGAGAUCUCGGGCUACGAGCCAGCGGCGCUGGACAGCUUCCUUCCGAGGCUGAAGGAGAUCGGGGAAAGGUUCCCUUGCCUCAUCGGACAGCUGGCCAGGAUUUAUGGAGCUGUUGGGCUUGUGGAUGAAGAGAGAGCCAGGAGCUGCCUGCUGUACCUGGUGAGCCAGCUGGCCAGCACGGAGCAUUCGUCCCACCACGUCCUGCUGUUGGAGAUCAGGCGCAUCACUGAGGCCUUCUCUGGCAUCCUGGGCCCUCAGAGCAGAGACAUCUUCCGCAUGAGCAACAGCUUCGCCACCAUUGCUGGGCUCCUUUCCCAACAGCUAGAAACCUCCAGGGCCGGGAGUGGCAGCAGAAAAACCAGCACUGAAAAUGGGUUCCCUGAGAAACCCGGAGAAGCCAAGCUCAUGGGACCUGGAAACGAAGACCAGGACAAACUCCAAGUUAAAAUCCAGGCUUUUGAAGACAAAAAGCUUGCUGAAGGUAGUGCCCUUGGCUCCAUCAGAAGACACAGUUUGGGCCAAGUUUCUAAGGAAGAAAGAAAAAACAUCAGAUUUAAUAGAUCAAAAAGCUUGGCUUUCCACACUGCGCUCACCAGGGGUGUGAGUUCAGAUGACGGGGAAGGAGAGGAGCCUGCAGGGAUGCUCAGCAGCCUCUCCCUUUCAGAAAUAGCCCCCUUCAGCCAUGAAUGUGGCAGGUCGCCCCCGAAGAUGGACACCGUCAGGUCACAGCCAAGAAAUUCCUCAGCUUCACACCCAAGUAUUAUACACAUAGCACCUGAGGAUUUGCCAGAAAUGGUUAAGGAGGACUUCCAGGAGGAGACUUCAGAGACAACCAGGAGUCCUGAGGAAUACCAAGACAAGCUCUACCUGCAUCUGAAGGAGAACCUGGGUAAAGUGAAGGCCUACGCCACAGAAAUCGCAAGAAAGAUUCCAGUCCCUGACCAGUGCACCAUAGAAGACACUGUGAGAAGUUGUGUGGCGAAGCUGUUCUUCACCUGUUCCCUCAAGGGUCAUUACUGCCUGUACAGCAAGUCCAGCUUCAUCCUCAUCAGCCAAGAGCCUCAGCGGUGGAUCCAGAUCAUGCUUCUGUUUCAGCAGAGCCUGUUUCCUGAGCCCCUGUCCAUACAGAGCCGCUCCGUGCAGUUCCUCAGAGCGCUGUGGGAGAAGACCCAGGCAGGAGCCACCCACAGCUUCGAAACAGCCAUGACAGAGUCCACGUUUCCUCAGCAGAAGGACCUGGACCAGGUACAGCUCCAUCUGGAGGAGGUGCGGUUCUUUGACGUGUUUGGCUUCAGUGAAGCGGCCGGAGCGUGGCAGUGCUUCAUGUGCAACAACCCCGAACGAGCCAGCGUUAUAAACCAAGAUGGGCAGCCUCUCAUCGAAGGGAAACUGAAGGAGAAGCAAGUCAGAUGGAAGUUCAUCAAAAGGUGGAAAACUCGUUACUUUACACUGGCUGGAAAUCAACUUCUGUUUCAAAAAGGAAAGUCAAAAGAUGAUCCCGAAGAUGCCCCAUUAGAGCUCAGCAAGGUACAGAGUGUGAAAGCCGUGGCCAAGAAACGCAGGGACCGCUCUCUCCCCCGGGCUUUUGAAAUCUUCACAGACAAUAAAACCUACGUUUUCAAGGCCAAGGAUGAGAAGAAUGCAGAAGAGUGGCUGCAGUGCCUCAGUGUGGCAGUUGCCCAAGCCAAAGAGAGGGAAAACAGAGAAGUGACCACGUAUCUGUAGGGACUUCCACUCCAGCCUCCCAGGAGCAUGCCCAGUGGGCCUUGCCGGGGCAAGGAAAGGAGAGAAAUGCACCAGGUCAGGCUGUGUCCUGCUGAAUGCUGUGGGGUAGUCCUCCCUAAGAAGAAGCGCCUGCAGGGGCAGAGUUCUCAGUAGGCGUCACACCCUAAGCCUGCUGUCAGGACUUCUGUCUGAAGCCAGGAGCAGCAGGAGCCACAGAGCACCCCCUCAGGGCUGUGGGCUAGGAAGGCAGAGUCCCCAGUACAGGAACUCCUGUAGAAAUGCCUUUGAAACUAUGAAAACAACUUCCAGUGAGGCUGAACUACCUGAGGAAGAUUGGUGCUUCAUGAAAACCAGUCUGCCAAAGGUAUUAAGAGAAAAAAAAGCUAUUAGAAAAAACAAUAAAAAAUUAUUAUUGAAAUAAUAAAAAUAGCUUUUUUUUUAAUUAGGAAAAGUGGAAGUAAUGUACACUGAAGAAAAUCAUUCAACUUACUACAGACACCUAACCACAUUUAUCCUCUCUGUAUGAAGGAGGCUAAACAUGGUAAAAACGGUUCUCAAAGUAAGCCACUUAUGAAAGUAAAUGUCUGUCUUUCAGAACUACUUAUUUAAUUAUCCCUUGGUUCUUAUAAUCUAAAGUUUAGAGACUUGGGCCCAUCUCCUGCCCAAGGCAGUCGGAGAAGAUGAAGAAAGCAUAGGAAACUAUUUUCUCCAUCUUUCAACUAUGUGCCAUCUCCAGUGAACUCAAAGAUGUUAAAUUAAAGUUCUGUACUUUUCUUUGUUGUAUUCAGCCUGGCAGCAUCUCCAGAUGACAUUUAUUGGUUUUCACAUAUAUGCUUUUUUUCUUUAUAAUUAAGUGGUGGAAGGCAGAAUUCUAGGAUGACUUCCAGUGCCCCAUGCCCUGGUUUAACACUCCACCACUUGAGCGUGGGUGGGACCUGAAACUGGUUUCUAAUAAAAAAAAAAAAACGAUAAAAGCAAUGGAAUAUUCUCUCCCAAGAUAAUGUCAUAUUAUGGCAAAAGUGAAGAGAGUUUUGCAGACGUAAUUAAGGUCCUUAAUAAGCUGGUUUUGAGUGAAUCAAACAUGUAUUUUCCUGGGCAGGCUUGACUGAGUCAGGUUAAGUUCUUUAAGACAGAGUGAGCCCGUCCACAGCCUUCCUCCUGGCCUUGAAUAAGCAUGCUGCUGUGAGUCCAACUGCUGCAAGGAAAUAAAGUUUACUAUCAACCACUUGAUCUUUGAAGAAGAUUUUUAGCCUGAGAAGAGAGCCUAGCGCCAGGUCACCACUUCGACUGCAGCUUCAUGGGACACUCAUCAGAGGACUAAGCCAUGCUUGGACUCCUGGCCCACAGCAACUUUAAGAUGACAAAUGUAUGCUGCUUUAAACAGCUAAUCUGUGGUGAUUUGUUAUGCAGUGAUAAUUAAUACUUCUAGAAGCUCAUUUGGAAUAUACAGAGGAUAACUCUCUUUAUUUGAAAUUUAUUUAUUAUGUAAUCUAGAAGCCUGGAGGAAGAUUAUAGUCAGUACCCUGACUCUACUGCUAAUUCACCAGAAUGGGAAACACAAAAGUAAUCAUGUUUGGGGCUGAGGUUAUGGCUCAGGGGUAGAACGCUUGCCUAGCAUGUGUGAGGCAUUGAGAUCGAUCCCCCGCACCAUAUAAAACUAAAAAAAAAAUGAAAUAAAAUAAAAUAAAGGUAUUGUGUCCAUCUACAACUAAAAAAAAUUUUAAAGUAAUUAUGUUUGACAAAGAAACUUAAUUUUAACUUGUAAAAUUUGAAUAUAUUGUAAGAUAUAGAAGUUAUUAUGCAUUGGAAAUAGAGUUCUAGAGGUCAAAUUCUGGCUUCACUGGGUAUACAGAUAGUUGCUAAAGAUGUAGAACUAAAUGAAAUUAUGCAAGGAGAAUAAAAAAGAAAUAAUAAUUAAUAAGGACCCCUUAGGACACCAGCAUUUAAGCAAAGGCAAGCUGGAUUCACUGGCUAGCAUUCAGAGAUGAUGUAGGCCAGGGCACAGAGAGCCACAGAAGCCCAAUUAAUGAUUUCCAGAAGAAGGGAGGGACCAACGAUCUGAAAUGCUGAAGAAUAGUCACUCAAGAUAAAACUACACUUUCUUUGGAAGCAAUUGAUGUCAUUGGGAAAAAUAAUGUCACCGUUGUGCACGGUGGCAGACACCUGUAAUCCCAGCAUCUUGGGAGGCUGAGGUAGGAGGAUCACAAGUUCAAAGCCAGCCUCAGCAACAGUGAGGCGCUAAGCAACUCAGUGAGACCCUGUCUCUAAAUAAAACACACAAUAAAGCUGGGGAUGUGGCCUAGUGGCCAAGUGUCCCUGAGUUCAAUCCCUGAUACCCACCCCACCAAAAAAAGAACAAUGUCCCUGGAGUGAACUGAAGAAUUGCUGGGAGUCAGGAAUUUAAAGUUACAAUUGAACUAAUCUUUCAAAACAGUGGUCUAAGAUACUAAGACACUAGGGAAACACAGAAAGUGCUUCUGUGUUUGACUUGAAACCCAGAAUGCCUCCCUCACUGUUUCCCAGUGGUGGUAGGGGAUGAGCUAGACCAAAAGAACUGUUAGGAACCUUUUGGGCAAGCAAGGAGCAAAGGAUCAGUAGAGGGAACAAUUCUAUGAAGGUAACAGAGAGAGAAAAACAUGCUCCAUUUGCAAAGUGGCCAAUUCUUAAGAUGAUAAAGGACCAUUCAAAGAUUUUAAGCAGGUUUGCAUUUAGAAAUAUGUCCCUGGGCUGGGAAUAUAGCUCAAUUGGGAGUGUAGAGUGUAGAGUGCUUGCCUUGCAUGCACAUGGCCCUGUGUUCAAUCCCCAGCACCACAAAAAAAAAAAAAAAAAAAAAAAAACUGGAAGAAAAAGAAAAAGAUAACUCUGACAGUUGUAUGAAAAUGGAUUGUAUGGCUAUUAAAAUUUGUAUCAGGGAGACCACUUUUUUCAAUGAAUGUGGAGGCUUUGAGGUAGAGGCUCCGGGAGCGGUGUCACAGCAGAGGAACUAGAAAUGGUGCUGUAGUUUGGAUGUGGUUUGAGUGUGUCCCUCAAGGGCUCAUAAUUGGAUCUUGGUCCUCCAUGCGCAGUGUUGGGAGGUGGUGUGGAACCUCUAAGAAAUCGGGCCUAGUGGGAAGUAAUUAGAUCAUGAAGGGCAAUGCCUUGGAAAAAGAUGAUGUAGUUCUCUGGAAACCCUAGUUAGUUCUGUAGAAAGGGUUGUUAUAAAAAAAAAAAAAAAAAAGCCUGACACUUCUCCAGCCAUUCUGGUUUCCUGUCUUGCUAUGUGAUUAGUUCCUUUUACCACUGAAAUGCCAUCUGCCAUAGGUCCUGAUUAAAGUCAAGCCAAGGCCAAUGCCCCAUGCCCUUGAACCUCCUAAACUAUGCACUAAAUAAACCUCUUUUCUUUACAAAGUUCUCAGCCUCAGAUAUUUCAUUAUAGUAAAGGACAAGGGACUCAUACAAAUGGAGAGUCAGGGAAAUUGAAUUGGUAAAAAUGGACGGGACAGGUGAUGGGAUGGAGCUGUAGUCAUAGGAAUGGAAAGGAGUCAGCUGACUCCAGAGGGCUUGCUUGUGAAGCUGGGUGGUUGGUGGUGGCACUCACUCAUAGAAAAUUCAGAAGCAACAGUUGGAGACAUAAAGCAGAUGGUAGAUUUAAUUUUUUUCUUCCUUUUUUUAACUUUUCUUAUGUUUCUUUCUAAAAGAGACUGAUGUUUUUCAUUAAAUUAAACUUGCUUUAACUGGCACACAAAUCUUGUACAUAUUAAUGGGGCAUCCUGUGAUGUUUUGAUCCAUGUAUAAAUUGAAUAAUCAGGUUAAAUGUAUCCAUCAAUUUAAACAUUUAUCACUAAUUCAUUGCAAAACAUUCAAAACUCUUUCUUCUAGUUUAUUUUUGUUGGGUUUUUUUUUUAAAUAUGCAGUGCAAAAAUCAUUAUCUAUAGUCACCUUACUGUGCAACUGCACAUCAGAACUUCUUACUCUUAGGUAACUGCAACUUAAUACCCUUUGGUCAACCUUUCCCCAUGAAUUUAGUUUUGAUGUGUACAUUCAGAGUAUAGACAGGCAACUCACCUUGGACUAGGGGGAUAUCUCCUGCAUGAAGUUGGGAGAGACAAGGUUGAGAACAGGUGUAGUUGCAAAUGAUUCUCUAAAUGUUGUUUUUAAAUCUACCGCUCUGAAGAGUUAGUGAAUAACCCCAGCUAUUCUAAUAAAUUAUGAAACCUAGUUACAGACAAAUAGUCACAAAGUGGGAUGGGUCUGCAUUAGUUAUUGACAAUUUGGAUACCAACAACGUGCUCAAACCUUGCAUGGUGAGGGUUGUGGUCAACAGUGGCCAUGUGCUGCCCCUUUCCUCAAUGAAUAUAUGGUCUGAGAAAGAGGAAGGUGGUUCUGCCAGUUUAAUUGGGAGGAAGAAUUACUUCUACUACUUAUCACAAAGUCCUGGUGAUUUAGUUAACCGUGCUCUACUUUAGAACACAACUCUCAGUGCCCUUGAACAGAUCUAAAAAGAAGUAAAUGUGUGAAGUACAAAUAACAAUUUCACUUCAUGAUGCAGACAUUCCAAAUGCAAGCAAAUUCUCCUGGGCUCAUAAUCAAACGAGGAUUUUCAAAACCAUCAUCUUCCCAUGGAUAUUUCUGGCACUUCAGUGACCACAGGCUUACCACAAACCAGCCUUCCCCAAGAGAACUGCCAUUGCUGACCUGAUCUAAACAAAACCAUUUUUCUAAAAAUGUUGAAACCUCAAAAAAAAAAAAAAUGUUGGUAUGAAUAAAAUGAUAUUUGUGGAAGGAAGUUCAAGUGGUUUCAUUUUUAUUUCAUUUUGAUUCUUCUCCUCUCCCAGAUAGCCUUGGUAAACCUGUUAAGUAUUUCAUCCAGUUAUUUCUUGAGAACUUAGAGUUCAGUGAAAAUAAAUGCUCAAUACUUUUCUAAUAUUGAGAUUUCUGGAAAAUACUUGGUUGUCAAAGCUGAGGAGCAUUUCCUGGGUCAUCUUCAAUUCACCUCCUUCCAAUAGGCACAGUCAGGUCUAUUUGCAGUGCUGACUUGUUCUCUGGCAUAAAUAAAAAUCACACAAGUAAGGAGGCAUUUCCCAAUCUCGGAAGGAAUUCAAGGUGUAUUACAGAGAAGUCAACACCACGGCCUAAAUGCCCUGAAAAGGAUCUCCAGUCCCCCAAACCUAAAGUUUUUAGGUGGAAAACCAAGAAUAACCUAAGAUAUCUUAUUCCAUAACGAAGCUAGUAUGCGGAGCCCUUAGCACCACUUCUCCCCAAACACGUCCUGAGCGACAGAGGGGUUGGAACACCAGGAAGAUGGCUCUGAAGCAGUGCAGUCGGGAAACUGGCACGGGCUUGGGUGUGGACACGAGAUUCUAAAACUAGAUCAUUAAGCUGAGCAAGUUAUCCAUCUUUCAUCACUAGAAUGGGCUUAACCAUAUCUGCAGAUCAGAACCAGUGAGAGACACAUGUCAUGUAAAAGCAUAGAGCAGAGAAUCUUUAACUUAGUGGGUGCUUGAAAGAGUCACUCCACUUUUUUUAUUUUUGUAUCC